AUGUCGGCUCUCAGCAGUGAAUCAGAGGACGGCAGCAGCUGUGACGGUGCAGACGAAAGAUAUCUGCCAUGUUGUGCUUCAGCUAAAUUAACUAUUGUGGUGGGAGGCACUCACUUCUCUGAGGAGAAGUCGUUUCUUGUUCAGAGCUGCGACUAUUUCCAAGCUCUUUAUCGCUCUGGGAUGAGGGAGUGUCGGCAGGAAGAAAUCCACCUCAAAUAUCUGCGUGCUCGAGGCUUCCUUAUCGCCUUGGCGGUCUUACGUGGUGAGAUGCCUGACCUGGACGGUGAUGACAUCGUUGAAGCCAUCGAAUGCGCUGCUUUCUUGCAGGUGGCUCCGCUCACUAAGCAUCUCAUCAACCUCACUGAUUCUGAAAACUGUCUGCUGAUGUAUCACACCGCUGCAACCUUCGGCCUCAUGGACCUUUACCACGCUGCUGCGCUGUUCAUCCGAAACAUGUACACUGACCUGGAGGCAGAGGUUAAGAAGUCUUUACCAUCAGAGCUGAUCUCCUACGUGGAGUCUUUGACCCCUAGUGUUUUUGUCGCUGUUGGGGCUCAUGUGACCUGUGGUAGUGAAGAAACUGUGCACGCUGCUUCCAGGACAGUGUGCUACCUGGAUGAAACUAGCAAUAAUUGGAAAGUGUUGACAGAUCUUCCGCUGGAGGCCAGCACCUCAAUGGCUGGGGUGACCGUUUUACACAACAAGCUUUACGUUGUCGGAGGAGUUCACGGACUUCACAAACAAGUCGUCAAUUCUUCUUUCUGCUACAGUGUCGAAAACAACAGCUGGAGCCGGAUCUCCAGUCCGGCGCAGCUGCGAUAUAACCUCAGUCUCGUGGGCGUGGACGAUCGUCUUUACGCCAUUGGAGGAGAGUAUGAGCGAAUGGUGAUGUCUUCUGUGGAGACAUACGACAUUAAAACAGGAAGAUGGGGGUUUGCUGCUCACUUGCCUCGACCAGCUGCAGGAGCAGCCUGCACCAAAGCCAUGAGCAGGAUAUUUGUGUGUUUAUGGAAGCCGAUGGAGACCACAGAGAUUUACGAGUACCUCUCAGGGAAAGAUGAGUGGCAGCUGGUUACCACGCUGAUCAGGCAACAGAGCUAUGGACACUGCAUGGUCGGCCACAGGGACAACCUGUACGUCAUGAGAAAUGGGCCGUCGGACGACUUCCUGAGAUGCUUAAUGGACUGUUAUAAUCUGAGCUCAGGCCAGUGGUCGUCUCUGCCCGGGCACUUCGCCAAUAGCAAAGGUUCACUGUUCACGGCGGUGGUGAGGGGCGACUCUGUGCUCACGCUCAACAGGAGCAUGACUCUGGAGUUCAUCAUUGACAGUAAGAACUGGAAACCCCGGCGACAGAUGAAGGGUUUCCCCAGAAGUGGAUCUGUGUGGACGUUUCUUCUCCGGCUGCCAGAUGCUCUCACGCUGCAGUAA